AUUAUUAUUCCACUGCAAAGACAAAGAAAGACAGAGAAGAAGAAGAGAGAUAAAGAACCUUCUUACCCUUUUCUUUUGUUUUCUUUUCCUCUUUGACGACUGGUCCAUUCCGCGUCCAGUUGCCAAAUGCCCAAAAUCUCAACCUCCCUCAAUCAUUCACACAUUUUUUCUUCUUCCACUUCUUCUCCACCAUCAUCACCACCAACCUCCACCACCAUAAGAUGGAAACUGAGCAACGGAGGAAGAGGAAGAGAGUGAUGAUGGUGAGGCUGAGACACCUUCAUAUUUCAUCAAGAACAAUUUUCCUUUGCUUCUCCUUCUUCAUCUUCCUUCUCUUCUUGUCUAAUCACCAUAGCUUCUUCUUCUUCGCCUCCUACAAUUUCCGACCCUCUCUUACAGCCUCCACCUUAUCCCUCUUAUACUCCUCCGCCAGCCACUCAAUUCUUGACCCUCUCACCACCACCACCACCUCCUCCUCCUCCUUCACACUCCAACACCGCAUCCUCUUCCCCGACCACUACCUUAUCUUCCUCGCCAACCAACAAAAAAACCAACCCCACGAACUAGACUGCGUCUACUACACCCUCCUCCCCAACGGUUCCGCCACCGGUUCACAUGAACCGGUGGUGCUUGAUGUUCAGGUGCUGCCGGUUCUGUCAACGGACCGGUACGACGAAUCUCGAUCCAUUGCCAGGUGCCCAUUUCCCCGGACGAACCGCUCUGCCGCCGGAGGGUCUGUAGUCGUCGACUUGCGGCGGAGAGGCGAGGUGGGUCGCCGGAGUUUGGGUUUUUUGACGAACCGGACGGCUCAAUCUUGGGACAGGGUGGCUUACGAGGCGAGGCUGGACGGGGACACGGUGGUGGUGUUUGUGAAAGGGCUGAAUCUGCGACCCCAUAAGAUCUCGGAUCCGACCCAUUUCCGGUGCCACUUCGGGGUGAGGAAUUUCCACAAAGACGGUUCGUUUUUGCUGAGCACGAGAGCGGUUUCGGUGGCUCAAGAAGUAGUGAGGUGCUUGUUGCCGGAGAGUAUCAGGAGUAACCCGGGUAAGGCUCGAGGGAUUCGAGUCACGGUUAGCCAUUUGAGUGGCAAUGUGAGGCACCCGGUUCGUGCUCUUGUUCCUUCUGUGGCUAGAAUUGCAGGCAGUGAUGGAGUUCAGAGGAGGAGGAAAGAUAAGUAUGAGCUGUGUGUGUGUACCAUGGUGUGGAACCAAGCUUCUGCUCUUAGGGAAUGGAUUAUGUACCAUGCGUGGCUUGGAGUGGAGCGUUGGUUUAUCUAUGAUAACAAUAGUGAUGAUGAUGUUGAAAAGGUGAUUCAGGAUCUUGACCUUCAAGGGUAUAAUGUUAGUAGACAGGCUUGGCCUUGGAUUAAGACUCAAGAAGCAGGGUUUUCCCACUGUGCUUUGAGGGCUAGAGAGGAGUGCAAAUGGGUGGGGUUCUUUGAUGUUGAUGAGUUUUUCUACUUCCCCCGUGAGUUUCAUCGCCAGAUUAGGCAGGGCGUUCCUGGUGAGAAUUCUUUGAGAUCGGUGGUCGCCAAUUACUCGAAUUCAAAAUCCAUUGCAGAGAUAAGAACAGCUUGCCAUAGCUUUGGACCUUCUGGGUUGAACUCAGCCCCUAAACAAGGGGUUACUACUGGGUACACAUGCCGGCUUCAGAGCCCUGAAAGGCACAAAUCCAUCGUGCGGCCGGAUUUGCUCGAUGCCAGUCUUCUGAAUGUGGUACACCAUUUUCAGCUGAGGGAGGGUUUCAGGUACCGGGACAUGCCUGAAGGUUCUGCUAUAAUUAACCACUACAAGUACCAGGUAUGGGAGACAUUCAAAGCCAAGUUCUCCAGAAGAGUUGCUACCUAUGUUGUUGACUGGCACGAGGACCAAAACAAAGGAUCAAAGGAUAGAGCGCCGGGACUAGGAACCGAAGCAAUUGAACCACCUAAUUGGCGGUUAAGGUUUUGUGAGGUUUGGGAUACUGGCUUGAAGGACUUCCUUCAGUCUUAUUUUGCUGAUCCUGCAACAGGGUUGAUGCCCUGGGAAAGGUCUUUCUUUAAUGGAUACUGAUCAGGGUGCUAACUUCUUGGUAGCUGGUACCCGUGUAAAGCAUGUGAUAUUCAUACUUGUUAGGCAUUCAUUCUUUGCAUAGUUUUUGGGGGGUAUAUUUGUAACAGAAUUUUUGUUUUUCUUUUGUUUUCUAAAUGAUUAUAUGAAUAUAGAACAGACUCACAGAGCUUAUACAGAUGUAUAUUUCCAGAAAUAUGAAUGAAUUUCCCUUCCAUUUUUUA